UGCUCGGCUGGAGCUGAGCUAAACAGAAGCAUCGGAUCUGAGCUGAAUUGUGGCUGCUUUCUUUCCCCUUUCAAUGGGGUGGUGGGCUAGGGGUAGUGUGUAGUGGGCGUUUGGGGUGCUUUGGCUUUUCUUUUUGUGGAGAAGAGGGUAAAGGGAGAAUAACUUACGAUAGGAUACAACGUGAAACAGUUCCCUGAAGAGUGUCACGAUGUUCCUGGUACAAUAUACAGGAUUGAACCAGCUGCCCUUUGACCCUGCCAACAACAACGAGCCCCUGCAAUUUGGUAGUGCCAGUGGCCCUUUGGUCACAGAAGGCCUCAGUGAAAAUGGAGGGGAGUCAAGCAAGAAAAGAAAGAGAACAAAUGCUCCUGCAGCUGAUAAUAGUAGAACUCUGAAUGUGGAUUCCACUGCAAUGACUCUGCCUAUGUCUGAUCCAACUGCGUGGGCCACAGCAAUGAAUAAUCUUGGAAUGGCACCGCUGGGAAUUGCUGGACAGCCAAUUUUACCUGACUUUGAUCCUGCUCUUGGAAUGAUGACUGGAAUUCCACCGAUAACUCCAAUGAUGCCUGGCUUGGGAAUCGUGCCUCCACCAAUUCCACCAGAUAUGCCAGUAGUAAAAGAGAUCAUACACUGUAAAAGCUGCACGCUCUUCCCGCCGAACCCAAAUCUUCCACCUCCUGCAACCCGAGAAAGGCCACCGGGAUGCAAAACAGUAUUUGUGGGAGGCCUGCCUGAAAAUGGGACCGAGCAGAUCAUCGUGGAAGUGUUCGAACAGUGUGGCGAGAUCAUUGCUAUUCGGAAGAGCAAAAAGAACUUUUGUCACAUUCGCUUUGCUGAGGAAUACAUGGUGGACAAAGCCCUAUAUCUGUCUGGUUACCGCAUUCGCCUGGGCUCUAGCACUGACAAGAAGGACACAGGUCGACUCCAUGUUGAUUUUGCACAGGCUCGAGAUGACCUGUAUGAGUGGGAAUGCAAGCAGCGAAUGCUAGCAAGAGAGGAGCGCCACCGUAGAAGGAUGGAGGAAGAAAGACUGCGCCCACCAUCCCCACCCCCAGUGGUCCACUAUUCAGAUCACGAAUGCAGCAUUGUUGCUGAAAAACUCAAAGACGAUUCCAAAUUUUCAGAAGCCGUGCAGACCCUGCUCACCUGGAUAGAGCGAGGAGAGGUGAACCGCCGCAGCGCCAACAACUUCUACUCCAUGAUCCAGUCCGCCAACAGCCACAUCCGCCGCCUGGUGAACGAGAAGGCGGCCCACGAGAAAGACAUGGAAGAAGCGAAAGAGAAGUUCAAGCAAGCGCUUUCAGGAAUUCUCAUUCAAUUUGAGCAGAUAGUAGCUGUGUACCAUUCCGCCUCCAAGCAAAAGGCCUGGGACCACUUCACAAAAGCCCAGCGUAAAAACAUCAGCGUUUGGUGCAAACAAGCUGAGGAAAUUCGCAACAUUCAUAAUGAUGAAUUAAUGGGAAUCAGGCGAGAAGAAGAAAUGGAAAUGUCUGAUGAUGAAAUAGAAGAAACAGCAGAAACAAAAGAAACGGAAGAAUCAGCCUUAGUAUCACAGGCAGAAGCUCUGAAGGAAGAAAAUGACAGCCUCCGUUGGCAGCUUGAUGCCUAUCGGAAUGAAGUGGAACUACUUAAGCAGGAACAAGGCAAAACCCACAGAGAAGAUGACCCAAACAAAGAACAGCAGCUGAAACUCCUGCAGCAAGCUCUGCAAGGAAUGCAGCAGCAUCUGCUCAAAGUCCAAGAGGAAUACAAAAGGAAAGAAGUUGAACUUGAAAAAAUCAAAGAUGACAAGUUACAGGUGGAAAAAAUGUUGGAAAAUCUCAAAGAAAAGGAAAGCUGUGCUUCUAGACUGUGUGCCUCAAGCCAGGAGAGCGACUACCCUCUCGAGAAGACCCUGAACAGCAGUCCAAUCAAAUCUGAGCGUGAAGCCCUGCUAGUGGGGAUUAUCUCCACUUUCCUUCACGUCCACCCAUUCGGAGCAAGCAUUGAAUACAUCUGUUCCUACUUACACCGUCUAGAUAAUAAGAUCUGCACCAGUGAUGUGGAAUGUCUCAUGAGCCGACUCCAGCACACCUUCAAGCAGGAAAUGACUGGCGUUGGAGCCAGUUUAGAGAAGAGAUGGAAAUUCUGUGGCUUUGAGGGCUUAAAACUGACCUGAAGCACUUUGCCUAACAACUUGGGAUCCUGAAAAUAAAUGUGGGUUGGACAAGCUUAGAAAGUGAUUUGUAUUUUCAAUGGUUUUCAAGUGGAAAUUGUUUUCGAUUUGUCCAUUCAUUCCUGGAAUAUCUUUUGAGUUAAAAUAAGGAUCCUAGAACAGCACCUCGAGCUAUAGGCCCUAAAAAGACUCAAACCUCAAGUGCUGUAACUUCCUCCCCCUCUGUCAAUUGGUUGUCUUUUUCCAUUGGUAGUAUUGAAAAGGGCCUGAGGCUGAAGCGUAUUUGGGGUGUUUUUGGUGUCUGUACUACUGUUAUAGUCUUUGGUAUUUUUUUAACACUGUUCAUGGAAAGCUUUUGAUGAUUUUAUGUGCUUUGUGUUUCAAAAUGUUGCUUCACAUUAAUGUUGCUGCUGGUGAGAGGGAUGAGGGGAGCACUAGGCGCUCUGUAACUUACAUGUCUUUCUAAUCCCUAGUAAGCCAGUUAAAAAAUAACACAUCGGUGUCUUCUAAAAGGUGUUUGACCGGGUUCACCUUUUAAAGGACAAAAGCAUGGUUUGUGGCUUUUGCAAAUUUACUGUGAGCCAAAAGUUGACAAAUGUUUCGAAGUUAUUUUCGCUAAUAUAUCAGAUUAAAGAUUUCAGAAUUAAAAAUAAAUAAACCUAGCUGUAUUCGCAAAAUGCAAGUGUCCAGUAUGACUGGCAUGUGAACGUGCUGCUCAGAAUCACUUUGUAAAUAGUCUGCUUUUGAAGGAGGGCAUGUUUAGUUUUCUAUGAAUUAAAACAUAUGUGAGCAAAUGUGAGUGUGCGUGCACACACGCACACAUUAGCAGAAGGGAUUUAUUUUAAUAUGCUUUCCCCUCUGACUUUCUGACAAAGUCUGUUGCUCCCUUUCCUUCUGCUGUCAGUGUGUUGAAUUGCAAACUGUGUACUGCUGUAAAUACUAUGUUUACUUCAUGCUGAAUGUUUGUAAAGAGUUGAUAUGAGUAUUAAUAGAAAACUCCUGGUAACAAAUAAAUAAUGGGCCAGAGAGUGUGGCGCUUCCUGUAAAAAGGUCAGCUCCAUGUUGGGUGUCGAUGGCCGGGGUCACCCCAGCUCUGUGGUGCCCAUCAGCUGGUUGCCAUGGCAAAGGGUGCACAGACUAGUCAGGAACUCUGCUGGGCAGAAAAGAAAGCGGCGGGAUGAUGAUUUGGGGCUAAAAUCUAGAGGCAGAGAUGAUCUUGUCUUUAGCGGUGGUGGUGGUGCUCAAGCAGACCCUCCCUUGAGUCUUGAUUCAAACUAAGGAAACAAACUAAGAAAGCAAAGCGACAAAGGGUAUUUCAGGAACAUACUUUGUAAAUGAGAUGUCAGUCGUGUUCAAAAUUGUAUUUUUAAAAGAUAAAUAUUCCUUUUUUUAUACCUCA